AUGUCAGUCGACUACGGCCCGCCCUAUGGCUUCGCCCUCCGCCGCAUGGACGGCUGCCUCGGCAGCGAAUCGAAAUGCUACGCGACCUGGGGCGGAUAUUGGGGAUGCUGUCCUGGCGAUGCUGUCUGCCCCGGCGCAGAGAAAUACAUCCCGAACAACAUCUGCUGUCCGACCAGCGCCAACUGCACGGCUCAGCUGCUGGACCAGCCGCACUGCGCCAACACAUCCUGGAGCAUGUUCUACUUCCAGGCGUAUUUCUGCUGCGAGCCGAAUCAGUACGGCUUCUGGACCAGCGAGGACAUCAACUACGGGAACUUUGGCUGCUCCGACUCCAUUCCCAAUAAUCCGAACUAUACCACGUUGAAUCCCGUAAAGCAAGGCUCGGCAUCCGGCUCUGCGAUUGUCUCUACGAUACCCCCAACGUCGACCGCGUCUUCGCCUGCUACAGACACUUCGACGUCGACUGCUACCUCGAUCGGCGCUGCGUCCGGCGGCUCGUCGACCAAUACCGGAGCCAUCGCGGGAGGCGUUGUUGGCGGUGUGGCGGGCGCUGUCCUCAUCAUCGCCGCGCUGUGGUUCUUCAUGCGUCGCCAUCGCGCCUCCAAGGCGGCCGCUGCGCCCGCCAUGGCGGCUGGUCCGUUCCAGCCGGCCGGCCCAGAACACCCGCAGAGCACACCCGACUCGACGGCUUACAGCGGUGUCAAGUAUGGAGAGCUCGAUGCAUGGAAUAGACCGUCGGAGCUGGUUGGGUCGAAUCCUAAGUCGGCGUCUCACGAGUUGCCAACAUAG